AAUAUAUUUUUGUACAUACAAGUACUAUUGUAGCGUCGCCACUUAUGCUGUCGUCGUGACUGAGCGCUCCGAAACAAAGAACGAUGAAGAGGAGCCGAAACGAUGAGGUCAAGAAGCCUCCGUGGGGCUCGGGCCUGCCCAUGGAGAUAACUAUGGACAUCCUGGGCCACCUCCAAUCAGCCGACUGCGAGGCCGCCUCCCGCGUGUGUCGGGCCUGGCGCACCGCCGCCUGCGCCCUGGUCACACACCUCACACUGCCGCUCAACCACCCGCUGCUACUGGCGGGGCCGCCGCCCCAGGCGCGAGCUCUAGAGGCGGCGGCGGCGGCGGCGGGCGGGGGAGUGGAUGCGGCGGCGGCGGCGGCGGGGGCGGCGGUGAUGGCGGGCGGGUCGGGGACGGCGGGCAUGGGGCCCGGACCGCGUUCGAAGCAGAGAAGGCUGGGUGCUGGGGCUGGCAUAGAGGGCGGCGGCGGUGGCGGAGAUGUAGGCGGCAAUGGCUUUCAAGGGGGGCAGGACUCGGAAGGCAGCGAAGACGAGCGGAAGGAGGAGGCGGGGACGUCGGCAAACGGCUCGGGGCCCGGACGGCGGCGCGGCAGCGCCGCCGGCGCCGGCGGCGGCUCCGGGCGGGGGACGGAGGAGGGCCGGGCAGGCGGUGGUGGUGGCAGCGCAGGGGGCGCGAGGGGGGGCGGCGGGCAGGGCGCGGGGGCGGCGCCGCCGCUGCCGCUGUGGGGCAGUGCGGCUAUGAGUCCGGACCGGCGUCUGGCGUCGGCCUUCCCGUUCCUGACCCACAUCACCCUGGUGCACAACAGCAUGAUGCACAGGCUGCAGGUGCACGCCGCGCUGUCCGCCGUGCGCGUGCUGUGGCCGGGUGUGCGCGGGCUGUCUGUGCACGACGGCUGCACCUGGGACCUGCCGCUGGACUACGCCGCACUGGGGGCCAUGACGCACAUCACAAGCCUGGAGCUGUUGUUCCAGGGCCAGGGCGGUAUGGACGAGGCCGGCCAGCCGCUGUACCGCGCCUCCAUGCCGCACCUGUGCAGGCUGGGGCAGCUGAGGGAGCUGUGCAUGAAGUGGAUCAUCGGCUACGACGUGGACUCGUUCCUGGACUUCUCCGAGGUGUACGACCUGCUAGGGGCGCUGGUGGGCGCCGGCCGCCUGGCCAGCCUGCAGUUCGGCGGCGAGAACAUCAACGCAGUGGGGGCGCGGCACCUGGCAGGCAUCACCAGCCUGCAGACGCUGCACCUGGUGUGUGACGCCCGCCCCGCCUCGCCCCUGCACCUGCUGGACCUGCUGUGCCUGCCGCGCCUGCGCCGCCUCGAGCUGCUGCACGUGUGCCCCGACCACGCCUGGAACCGGCCGCUGCUGCCGGGGGGUGGCGGCGGCGGGCCGGAAGGGGGGGAGCUGUUGCGGGAGCUGGACAGGCGGGCGCCGGGCCUGUCCCGCAGCCCGCUGCGCAGCCUGUCCCUCAGCCUCAGCCCGGGCUGCCAGUCCAUGGUGGCGCGCGCGCUGCCGCUGCUGCCGCACCUGCACACGCUGUCGGUGCGGGUGACCUCCGCAGAGGAGGAGGAGGAGCUGUGCACCGCCUUCAAACACAUGAUGGCGGGACCGCCGCCGUUACAGCCGUUACAGCAGCAGCAGCAGCAGCAGCAGCAGCAGCAGGGGGGAGGAGGAGGAGGAGACGCGGGGCCGGCGGAGGGGGCAGGGCCCGGCAGCGCCGGGCCGGGCGGCGGGCCAGGAGGAGGAGGAGGAGGACCCGGAGGAGGGGCAGGAGGAGCAGGAGGGGCAAUGGGGUUAGGUGCUGGGGCGGCAGCGGGGCUGCUGAUGGGUGCGGGGCGCGGGACGCCUUCGUCGCCCCACCGCAGCGGCAGCGCCGCCGCCAGUCCGGGGACGCCGCAGCGCGGCGGCGGCGGCGCAGCCGGCGGCAGCACCCCCGCCGGCACGGCGCCGGGCACGUGCGGUGCCACGACGUCGACGUCGACGGCGGCGGCGGUGGCGGCGCCGCCACGUGUGCCGCCGCUGCGCUCGCUGCGGCUGGAGACGGCGGAGCUGUCGAGCGAGCUGGUGUCGGCGCUGGGCACAUUGUCCACCCUUACCUCGCUGCAGCUGCCGCGCGGGCUGCCCUCCGGCGACGUCGUCCGCUUCAUGCCGCCAGACGACGCCGCCGCCGCAGCCGCCGCCGGCGGGCCCCUGGCGGCGGCGGCGGCGGCGGCAGCGGCGGCGCUGGAGCCCAGCAAGGCCAAGUUCGCCAUGUCCCAACUGGAGGCGCUGGGGCGGCUGACGGGGCUGCGGCAGCUGCUGCUGCAGAUGGACAGCCCCAGCGAGACGGCGCCGGCCUUCGUGGACGGCAGGCUGGUGUCGGCGCUGACUCAGCUGACGGCUCUGGAGUCGUUGCACCUCAGCACCUGGAACCUGCUGCAGGUGGAGCCGUCUGCCGAGUCCCUGGGCGAGUACCCGCAGCGCCCGGGCGCCGACGGCGCCGCCGGGCCCUCCGGCGGCGGCGGUGCCGGCGCGGGGCCGUCCCAACCUCCCGGCCUAGCAGCCUUCCCAUCGCCCGGCUUUGCGACACACGCCGACGCGCAGACGCAGACGCAGACGGAGCUGUCGGCUGGGCCUCCGGCGGCGGCGCUGCACCGGGGCGGCGGCGGCGGCAGCGGCGGCAGCAGGGGCGGCAGUGGGAUGCACGAGGAGGAGGAAGACGGGGAGGAGGUGGUGGGGCGGCGGAGGCGCGUGGCCGAGGAGGAGGUGGAGGAGGAGGUAGAGGAGAUGGAGGAGAUAGAGGAGAUGGAGGAGGUGGAGGAGGAGAUGGCUGUGGCCGAGUGGGCGGCGUGGCUACUGGAGAACCCGCCGAGCGGGUCGCCAGCGAAGCGCAAGGGGCGCGGCUCGGAAGCGGCGGCGGCGGCAGCGGCGGUGCUGUCGCCGAGGGCAGGGGCCAACCACCACCACCAGCGCAGCGGCAGCAGCAGCAGUAGCGCCUCUGGCGGCAGUGCCCCCGGGUCAGGGGGCGGCAGUGACGCCACAGGGGCCGGCAGCGGCGCCGGGCCGUCAACGUCGCGGGCGCAGCUGGCCGCGCCGCCGCCUGUGGCGCCGGCGGCCGCGGGCGCGGGGGCUUCGGGCUCUGCGGGUCCGUCAGGCUCUGCUCCUCGGGAUGCCGGGGUUGCGGCUGCGGCCGGGGGUGCGGCCGCGGCUGGGGGUGCGGCCGCGCCGGUGCCUUGGCUGUGGCAGGGUCCGGCUCCCGCGCCAGGGGCGGCGGGGGCGGCGGGGCAAGGCGCGGCGCCAGGGCCAGGUGUAGGGCCAGGUGUAGGGCCAGGUGUAGGGCCAGGUGUAGAGGCAGGUGUAGGGGCAGGUGUAGGGGCAGGUGUAGGGGCAGGUGUAGGGCCCGGGGCAGACCUUGCCGCGGCAGUGGCGGCGGCGGUGGCAGCAGUCGGCGCCGCGCCCACCCGUGCCCAGUACAACGUCGCCGCUGCUGCAGCCAUCAUGGCCGCCGCCACCAACGCCGCCGCCGCCGCCCGCGCCCACGUCGCGGCCGCCAUAGCCGCCGAGCACGCCGCCGCCGAGCGCGCCGCCGCCGCCGCCGCGGCAGCGGCUCGCGCCUCCCUGCCGCCGCUGCCGGUGUGGGCCUGGCCUAACCUGCGCUCGCUCAGCCUCACGCACUGGCCCUGCAUUUUCGGCAAGCUGCGGGAGCUGGGCUUGCCGCGUCCGGGCCGCGCCUACAGCGUGUGUUGGGACGACCUGCCUCGCGGCCUGUGCAGCCUGCUGCUGGUGCGCUGCCAGCUGCUGGGCGGGUCGCCGCCGCCGGGGCUGCGGCACCUGUGGCUCAGCGACUGCGUCUACACCGACUGCGAACUGCCCAAGGUGCUGGCUCUGUCACCUCAGCUGCAAACGCUGGUGGUGCGCUUCCCCUCCCUCACCUCCGUCGACCCGCCAGACCCCGACGAGCCGCAGCCGCCCGCCGCCGCGCGCCGCGAAGAGCACCAGCGCGAGGCGCUACUGGCUGCAGUGACCGGCCUCAAGGGCCUGCGCACCCUCGGCCUGGGCGGCCUGCGCUGUGCCGACGUGCCCGCGCUGGCGCCGCUCACGCGGCUGCGGCACCUCAUGCUGGAGCCGGCGCAGCCGCCGCGACAGCCCGGAGCGGAGCCGCCCAGCCAGCGCGACCUGUCUCUGCUGGACGCGCUCAUGUCGCUGCCGCCCGGCGGGCUGGCGGGGCUGCGCACGCUGUGGCUGCCCAACUGGGCCAUGCCCAUCAAGCAGCUGCUGCAGUGGCAGCAGAUGCUGCAGGCCGCCAUGCCGCUGGUGGUGGUGCGCAUCACCGAGUACGACGUGGUGUGGACCGUGCCCACGCCCCUCAUGCACGUGGCACAGGUCCAGCCACCGAGCUCCCUGCGCCGCGGCCGGCGCGGGAGGUCGGGGGCGGCAGCGGAGGAGGCGGAGGAGGCGGCGCGCGGCGGUGCCACGCAGCACGGGAGCCGGGACUGCGGCGCCUCGGCGGGCGCGGGUGCCGGAGGCGAUGAGGACGAUGAGCGGGACGGGCAGGAGCUGCAGUGGUGGAACAUCGGGUGUUGGGCCGUGCAGUAGACUGUGGUGUGAAAGGCAGGAAUGAGGACGAGCGGCGGGGGCUGUCAAUGGCAGCUGGGGUUUAGGUAGGUGUGUGGGUGGGCUGUGGCGAGUGUGGGUGGGCUGUGGCGAGUGUGGUCGGGCGCGCGGGGUCCGCGCUCGACGACGGGUUGGUGGAAGCUGCAGGUGAUGCAUAAUCAUUGACUACAUUGACUGUUUUGUGUGGGCGUGGCAGCAGUGCUGUUUGACUCGGGCCUGACAGGCCUCUAGCUACUGGAUAAGGCAGUUUUGCAGGCAAGCGGUUGUGUCGGUGUGCGGAACUCGUACCAUGCGGGAUUGUUGCAUGACAUUGCGUAGGCUACCGUAUGCAUACGGAUGGCGUGCACAGGGCCGCUGCAAUUGAAGCGCAUGAGGCAAUGUUAGGGAAACACUUAAGCGAAGGUAGAGCAGGACAGGAACGCCGGAAGUGGCAGUGAGCCCACGCAACUCUCUGUGUCUGCCGCCCGCUUGGUGUGCGAUGGGACAGUUGUCAGGUGAAGUCCCAUAUGGUGCAGCUGACUCCCAAACCUCAGCAGACGGCAAACAAUUUGCAACGGCAGGGCAGGCGUGCGCGGCUGGUCGAACGCCGGAUUUACUGUACCGACGAGUUGCU